UUCACAUGCACCAGUUAUACUUAUAAUUUUGUACGUUAUAUAUAUUAUCUAAUCUCAAAAACAGAGCAUAAAAGAUAUUGAAACUUUUUCGUAAGUUUUUUGUAUGCUACAAGCCUUUCCAACCAUACACAACGUCCAGUCAUUGACGAAACAAUGUCGAGCAAUCUGUUAAGCAUCAUCGCUUAUCAUUCAAAACAGGAAAAGAAUAGAUGCGGAUAUUGCGGUGGUCCAAAUACAAGUUAUAGUCAUGGAAUGUCUACUCAACUAUUGACUGUUCAGCAUUAUCAAAAUUUAAUAGAUCGAGGAUGGAGACGAAGUGGUUGUUAUUGUUAUAAACCGAUGAUGAGUCAGACUUGUUGCCCCCAUUAUACUAUUAAAUGUGAAUCUUUAGAUUUUAAGAUUACUAAAUCGCAAAAAAAAAUUCUCAAACGAAUGAUAAAGUUUCUUAAAAAUGAAUUGACAAAGGACGAACACAAAUCUAAUGUAAUUAUGUGUGACGAAGACAUAGUUAGAAAUAUAGAGAUUCCAGAUUAUUCUAAAUAUGUUGAAUCAACUGAAAAAAAUGCUUUAAAAAUGCAAGUGACUUCUGUAUCAGAAGAGCUUGGCAAUAGAUUAGGUUCUAGCAUAAGCAAUAAUGAAUCAAGAACAGGUACGAGUAACCAAUCAAAUGAAAAUUUUGCAAAUUUAUCAAAGCAACCAAUGGAAACUACAACUACAGAAGCAACUCGCAGAAAUUUUGAUCCAACUAAAGAGCCACAAAAGAAAGCUAAACUUUUACGAAUAGAAAGAAAACAAAAUAAAUUAUUGGCUCAGGGUAAGACAGAGGAAGAAAUAAAGAACAUAAUGAAUAAAAAUAAAUCACAAAAUACAGGCAAAACUCUAGAAGAUUUAUUUACUGAGAUUAAUAACUGCUCAAAUAAAUUGGAGUUGAGACUUGUUAGAACAUCGCCGAUAAGCGAUAGUUACAUGGCUAGUGCUAAAGAAUCUUUUGAACUUUAUAAAAAGUAUCAAAUGAUAAUUCAUGGUGAUAAAUUGCAAAAACUUACAGAGGAUCGAUAUUCAAGGUUUCUGGUUCAUUCUCCUUUAAGGGAAUGGAUUCCAGAAGAUGGUCCACCUCAUGGAUAUGGAGCAUUUCAUGAACAAUAUUGGCUUAAUGGAGCAUUGAUAGCUGUGGCUGUCAUUGAUAUUCUACCAUAUUGCUUAUCUAGUGUUUAUUUUUUUUAUGAUCCUUCGUACUCUCAUUUGUCUUUAGGAACAUUCAGUUCUCUUAGAGAAAUAUUUUUAACUCGACAACUAAACAAGUAUGCUUCAAAUUUGAAGUAUUACUACAUGGGAUUUUAUAUUCAUUCGUGUACAAAAAUGCGUUACAAAGCAAGAAUGCAGCCAUCAAAACUUCUCUGCCCAGAAACUUAUAUUUGGUGCGAUGUUGACAAAUGUUUACCAAAGUUAGAUAUUUCAAAAUAUAGCAGAUUAAAUGAAGAUUCAUCCGCUAUAGAUGAAGAUGGUAUAGUAGAUAUUCAACAGGUCUUAGUACUUUAUCAUAAUAAAGCAAUGGCAUAUGGAGUUUAUCGGUAUGUCCAAAAUAAAUUGAUUGAUGAUGAAAUAAAGGAAUACGCAUCUUUAAUCGGUAAAAAAUGUGCUCUCAACAUGUUGUAUUAUAUUGAUUAAUCGUAUUAUAUUAAAAUUAAAACAGUCAUGCGUGCAUUAA